AUGACAAAAAGAGACCAGGAUGGCAUCCCCAAGCCGUCGUCCGAGUACCAGACCGUCAACAUGACUGAAAUUGUGCGCGAUGCCUACGACCAUCCCAACUACAGUGACCUGGUCAUCGAGUGUGGCAAGCAUACCUUUCCCGUCCACAAGAUGAUCGUCUGUCCUCAAGUAGACUUCCUGCGAGCCGCGUGCUGUGGAAAUUCAAAGACAGAGAUUAAUGGCAAGAUCCGCGUUCGACACGUCGAGCCAGCCGUCAUGGAUAAGAUGGUGCAAUUCCUCUACACGACCGAUUACACCAUGGACCUCCUGCCGCCAUCAGACGACGAUGAAGUCGAAAUCAAGUCUGAAACCGCCGAGAAGAGCCCUCAGCUUGUGGCGGCCAGCAUUGAGACGAACCAAGCCGUCCCGGUGAAUCUCCCCGAAGUGCCUAUCCGGCCAGACACCCACGAGCUCCCAACCCCAGUCAACAAACCAGCCUCAAUCUUCCAAGGUGCGGAAGUAUUCACCCAGCGAAGCGACAACGACGACGGCAAUGAAGAAGAAGAAGAAGAAGAAAAAGAAGAAGUAGAGGGAAAAGGCAGCGAAAGCGAAAGCGACGAGAACGACAACAACGACCCCGACGAAUUCGUCGAGAUCUGCCUAGUCAAUCCCGCUUUCUUUCACGUGCGCAUGUACAAAUGGGCCACCAAAUACAAAAUCAAGCCCCUGUGCUACCUUGCCGUCGUCAAGUUCCGCGAGCAGAUACGAAAGGGCAUUCUCAAGGAUUACCUGGAGGAUCUGAUCUACGAAGUCUAUUCAGAUGAGGACAGGGACACAUAUGAAGGAAUGCUGAGCGGAGCGCUGGUCGCCGAGGUUGUGACGCUCGUGUUUUAUUCUCGAUUUAAGGGGUUGGAUAUCCUGUCGACUGCUUUUUUGAAGGAGAGUCCUGGAUUCACGUUUGAUUUGUGCUGUGCGAUUAUGAAGAAGAUUGGUCGGCUUCCUGAGCGGUCCAUGCUUGAGUUUUUGGGACUUGGACGACCGGUUGAGACUUGA